UCCUCUUACAUAUACAACACAACGAUCCCAACUUUCCUCUUUCUUUCUCUGAGUUACUCCUACUAUCAGAAUCACUUUUUCAACGCUGUUUACACUCUCUCUUGAGUACUAGAAUGGCUUUUUCUUGUUAAGAUCACAUGUACGCAUUCUAAUCCUGACCGAGGGGGAAAUAAUUGUUCAUCGACUAUUACUACAAAGGGAAUUUGGUCCAAGCAAGAUAUGGUUGCUGUUAAGGGGAGAUUGAAUCCGCUGAAAGGAGUGACUCAAGACCAGAAAAUGAGUAACAGAGUAGGCCAAGCGAAGAAUUUAAAGAUUUAUGCGGAAGUUGACAAAGUUAAAAAGCGUGAUACUCUCACUAAUGGCACCAAGGGAAAAUUUGUUCCACGUGACAGCAGUACUUGCGAGCUCAAUGUCAAUUAUUCAGAGAGUGGCAUCAAGAAUUCGGAGAAUUGCAAAAACAAGCCACGUAAAUCUGUGAAUUCAAAUGUUGGAAGAAAAGUUUUGGCUGAUAUUGGCAAUAUCACGGGCAGCCUUUCAAAAACCGAACAAGGAAAGAGCACUAGGUCUACGAAGGGCAAAAGUGAGACGAUGUGCUAUCCACAAAGGAAAGGCAAAAGUGAGAUGAUGUAUCCAGAAAGAAAUACAGAGGAUCUGGGCAACAUGGAUGCAAAAUCAUCAGACGAACCUUCAAGGGUUAAUCAAAGAUUAGACCCAAUUAAAGCAACAGAUGACAAACAAACUAUAAAAAAGCCUCCUAAAAAAACUAUUGCAGCCACCUCUGAUGAGUCGAGGACCAAAUUUAGAGGCCGUAGUUCUGCAACUUCAAUUGGCAGGAAAUCGAUUAGAGAUCCUCUUCAUCUGCCAAGGAAAUCUUUACCAGUGCUAAAGCAGGUCAGCCAAAUAGAAACAAAUGGCACAACAAAGGAAAAUUCUGAUAAGUCCGAUCAUUUAAGGGGAAAACAUGGCUUCCAUGUGAAACCCAGUGUCCGGAGUAGUAUCAUACCAAAACCAAGCAAUUUGAGCAGCCGUCCUUGGGGAAAUAGAGUUAGUGAUGGUUUUGUGGUGAUGUCAUCAAGAGCUCAAACCAAGGUGGAUGCUGGAGUAUCAUCAAGGAAAUCUGUGAAACCAACUGUGAAAACUACAGUUACAGCUCUUAACACUCAGAGAACUUCAAGAUCAACCCAAACGCUUGCUACGAAGAAAUUGAGGUCCAAACCUUCUGAUUUAAUCAAGAGAAAGCAGGACAAGGAUUCUGCAUCCAAAAAUAUUGCUUCUGUUGUAUCACAUGAGGAACCUGCUCAAGAGGAGGAUAUUUCUGGUGGUGCUAGCAACAUUAUAUCAGACAUUAUGGGAAGGAGAAAAUCUGAUCGUAGGAAUUCAUAUACUUGUUCACUAAUGUCCAGAUCAAAGUUGCUGAAGGAAUGUGGUAAAGUUGCAUCUCAUGAAAAUUUGCCAGACAUUUAUGAUGAUCGUAACCAUCUUGAAGUUAGUGAUUACGUUGAUGAUAUAUACCAGUACUAUUGGGUUUUGGAGGGACAAAAUCCUCUAUUGAAGAACUACAUGGAUAUUCAGAGAGAAAUUACACCACAAAUGCGUGGCAUAUUAAUCAAUUGGCUUAUUGAGGUUCAUCUAAAAUUUGAGUUGAUGGAAGAAACUCUCUUCCUCACUAUGACACUCUUGGAUCGCUACUUGGCUCUCGAGAGCAUCAAGAAGAAUGAAAUGCAGUUAGUUGGGCUUACUGCCCUCCUCUUGGCAUCGAAAUAUGAAGACUUUUGGCAUCCCAGGGUUGCCGACUUAAUAAGCAUCUCAGCAGAGUCGUACACUAGGAAUGAAAUGCUUAAAAUGGAAAAGACUAUAUUAAAGAAAUUGAAGUUCCGUCUUAAUGAGCCAACUCCCUAUGUCUUCAUGCUCAGGUUUCUCAAGGCUGCUCAAUCAGACAUGAAGUUUGAACACCUUGCUUUUUACCUCAUUGAGCUAUGCUUAGUUGAGUAUGAAGCUCUGAACUACAAGCCCUCAAUGCUAUGUGCGUCAGCUAUCUAUGUUGCUCGAUGUACGAUGCACAUGACACCGCCAUGGACUCCACUCCUAGCAAAACAUGCACGCUAUGAAGAAUCUCAAAUCAGGAGUUGUGCGGAGAUGAUUCUGAAGUUCCACAGAGCUGCCAAAACAACUCUACUGAAAGUCACUUUCGAGAAAUAUAUGAAGCUUGAUUACAGCAGGGUUGCAGCUAUAAAGCCCUUGGACAGGCUUCCUGCAUGAUAUACCUAGCUGCUCUUGGCAGUUAGUGUUUCAUCCAUCGUGAAAUCUAUCAACAAAAAUGUUCAAGAAUUUAGAAGUUGUAUCUGCAUGUAGCCUAAGAGUGUCUAUGUACGGUUACGCUGUUGUCUGGAGAUUCGACAUUGUGUGGAUUUCAAUUGAGAAAUCUGUAUCAAAGAGAUCAAACGAAAAACUGAUGAGUAUUAAUUUGGCUGAGUAUCUUUCU